AGGUCAAAAGAACUAUUCAGCUGAACAGUUAGUUCGCUCCAAUGAACUACAGUUAGUUCUUGUUUAUUAUUAUUUUGAAUUUUGGCAUAAAUGACGGCAAAUCUACUGAAUUUAAAUGUGGAUACGCUGUUUGAGCAGCACAGCGUAUCCGAGAUCGACGUGGUGCACAAAAAGAUACAGACUGUGGUGGAGAACAAGCGCGAGGAGCUCCGGACUCAUGUCGGAGAGCGGUACAGGGAUCUGCUUAAAGCAGCCGACACCAUUGCGGCCAUGCAAACGUCGGCGGGAACACUCAUCGAGCAGGUGCACUGCGUCCAGGCCAAUUGUCGGAGUCUCAACGAGCAGCAGCUCCUGGGCUUCAAUACCACAACUGCGCCCGCAACGGGGGCGGCUCUGCAGCAGAAAAACGCCAACAAGAAGCUGCAGAGCUACUAUGGCACCAUGGUGCAAAUCAAGUUGCUGACAUCGCUGCCCGAGCUCAUUUGGACGCACAUUGACAACGAACAGUUUUUCGCAGCCACGGAGCUGUUCAUCUUCAGUCGCCACAUCAGCACAGGCCUGCAGCUGGACGGCAAGAGUGCGCUAAUGCAAAAGCUGCCCGUGGCCCGCAAGCAAUGGGAGAUCCUGCGGCCCUUCCACCUUACCAUCAAGCAGGCAGUGCUGGCCGUGUUGGAGCGCGAGGAACUACGCCCAGAGAUCGCUGUAGACUGUAUGCAGAGCCUGCUACUGCUGGAUAAGUGCGAUCUCGGCGCUGUCCUACAAACGUUUCUCAAUCUGCGAGCCUCUGCCUUCCUAAAUUGCCUCCAGAGCCGUCUCACGGAGCCGCGUCGCGUCAAGGAGCGCAUCCUGGCCAGUCUGGGCAUUCUAAACAGCACUAUAGAGCUGCUGGACAAGUGUCUUCUGGAGAACGGCCUCCUGUUCACACGCCUGGCGGAAUGUUCAGCAUCCACCUGUCCGCCCAGCAUCAGUCGGAUGGAGAGCAGCGAGAGGCAGCUGGCCCAUCUGUUGCCCGAUAUCAUAGCUGGCUUUAAGCCGCAAUUUGAUGUCAUAAAAUUGUCGUCCGAGCAAUUGGGCAAGUCCCUCAAACAGUGGCUGGACAAGAUGAAUGCUUUGGCCGCCGCCCAGCUGCAGCAGAUAUUCGCCUUGGUCAGCAACAUGCAAACUAUUCAAGAUAUCAAAUCGUCGGCCAGGUCCACAGGCAGGCCAACCUUUGUCCAUUUGGAGCAGCAGCUCAAUUUGGAGCAUUCCCAGCUUGACUUCUAUGCCACAAAGUAUGUGCCCCUGAUCAAUGCCCGUGUGAGGGAGAUCAUACGCAGCAGUUGGGCUCAGGCCAUGACCCAGACCUACGAAAAGGUGCUCUCUUUGAUUGAGGCUGGGAUCUCGACGCCACCGCUUCAGAUCUGGAAAGAGCAAAACGACGACUUACCCCUGAGCCUGGCUGCGGCGCUCAGCGAUCAGCCCAAGCGUCUGGCCAACCGCACCAAAGGCUACGAUUCCUCAACCAUCGCCCUGUGCAAAACGUUUGACUCUCAGCUGGCCGACAUCGUCCAGGAGCUGAAUGUCCUGCUUCAAGAGCAGACAACGCGAAUGGAGGACAAGAUGUCAUUGAUCAAAUUCCUAAGGGAAACGGCCGAAGAACAGGUCACAGAGUAUCUGUCCAAGCUGAAGUCGCUGCAAUUGCGUGAGCGUCCUGCCCUGCUCCAGGCUCUGCGUAAUAGUUUGGCAUUGGUGGAGCUGUGCCCCAAUCUGAAGCUGUGCUUCUGUCAGCCACCCAGCUGGCGUCAAUGGAGUGGCAAUCAGUCGGGUGUGGGCAUUGAGCAUUGGCAACGUAUUUGUGGUCUGAUCGAGGAGGAGAUGCUGAGUCUCUGGCUGCUGAUUGUGGAGGAUGUUCUGACGGCUCACAGCUGCGAGGAGAAGCUCACAAAGAUCAUCAGUCAUGAAGCGGUUUUGAGGGAUUUUGCGCUCUGGCAAACGCUUACGCUGGAGCAGCGAGAUGAGGAGCAGGAACAGAGCGUUCAGUCCACCAUACGCAUUCCCAGCCAACCGCGUCUCUCACUGCAGACGUAUCUCCAUCAGUUAAUUCAUGCCCUAAACCUGGCUGUUCCUCAGACCCUGCCAUCCAAAGUGCUGCAAGCCUUCAACCAGAGACUUCUUGGACAGCUGCUUGGACACUACGAGGGACUGGCGGCUGCGGAAUGCACCAAGACCAGCCAGAACAUUGCCCUGCAGCUUUACUUUGACUUGAAGUUCUUGGAGCGCGUGUUUGCCGUCUCUCGGGAGGAGCGUUCCCUCUAUGAUCGAAUCCACUCUCAGCAGAACGCUCUGCGCGACUGCAUCGAUCCCUUCGACUUUGAACUGUUCGCUGAGCACAUCAGCACUCAUGUCGGCCGCUCCACAUCGCGUCUCCAAGGCGAAUUGGGAGUACUGACACCCUCUACGCCAGGUCCUGCUCAAAGCACAACUGCAUCGAGUGCCUUGGCACACGAGGCGGAUCCCAAUGUACUGUGCCUCAGCUCUUCGGGCUCCACAUCUCUCUGGUUCCCCCUGCUGCCGAUUGUCAUGCCGCAGGCUGCAGGUGGAUUUGCUGGCAGUGAACGCAAACAGAAGCCCAUUGAGGCAGAUAAAACAGCGACUGCGACGACAGCGACAGCGACAGCGACAACGACAACGACACCCACAAAGAAAUCGGGUGGCAGUGCCACACGCAAGGGCGAUAAUAGCAAAUCCAAAUCGGGCGCAGCUUCAUUCUUCGGCAUGUCCCAGGAGUGGUUUCGCUAGAGGAGUCAAAUCAAGUGGCCUGUGAAGUGCAUCCAAGUGGAAUACCCCCAAACCAGAAGUGGGAUGAGCAGCAGAACCUGCAACAGAGAUCGAGCGUUCGUUCGUUCAUUCCCUUGCCUAUCCGCUCGGAUGUCAACUGUUUCAUUGUUUAGAGAAGCGCAUUCUAAAUGUUUGACUUGUAUCCCAAAAACACAUUUGUAAAAUGAGCGUAAUGCAAUGCAGUUCCGCUAAUUGUAAGAGCGAUAUAUACAUACAUACAUUAUAGAUAUACAUAUAUA